AUCCAAAGGGAUAACCAAGAAGAAAACUAUUUUACUAUUCUCCUACCAAAAAACAUGUCAAUGCUUUUACAAAGAAAUGAAAAAAUGUCUAGUCCUUUUCUCCAUGAAUUCAAGAGACAAGCUUCUUUCUUCUUGAAAGAGAAGAUCAAGACUGCUCGAUUAGCUCUAACCGAUGUUACACCGGCGGAAUUAUUGACAGAAGAGGUUACGAAUGGAGAUUUGUGGGCAGCAGACACACGUAGUAUGGUUGUAAUUUCAAGGGCUGCCUUCGAAGUUGAUGAUUAUUGGAGAAUUGUUGACAUUCUACACAAGAGGUUGAUGAAGUUUGAAAGAAAAACUUGGAGAGUCUCUUACAAAUCACUACUUGUAUUAGAACACAUAUUAACUCAUGGACCUCUAAGAGUUGUUGAUGAAUUUCAGUGUGAUAAAGAGGUUAUUCAAGAGAUAGGCACCUUUCAAUUUCUUGAUGAUAAAGGAUUCACCUGGGGCACUAGUGUUAGAAACUUAAGUACAAGAAUAAUUAAGCUUCUUGAAGAUGAUCAAUUUCUCAAAGAAGAAAGGGAAAAAUCUCGAAAAACAACUCGAGAAAUUCAAGGAUUCGGAAGCUUCUCGUAUGACUCGUCUUCAAAUGACGGUAGCUUCAAUGACUUGGCGUACAAGUCAUUAAUCGCGAGACAUAAUUCGAACUAUAGUAAUGAUCAACCGAAUCAAGAAUAUGAGUUCUUGGCUUGGGACGAUAAUGAGAAUUUUACAGCCGAGGAAAAUGCAAUGCAAGAUCAUCCUUUCGGCUAUAGUGAUUAUGAUACUAAAGAAACCCUAGUUUCUGCAAUUUAGAGUGAAAUAUUUCAUUGUUUUUUUUUACUUCUUGAUUUUAUUUUUCUCUUUUCGUAAGUUUUUAGGUUAUAGUAUUAGUAUUGAGACCUCAAUGUUGAUACAAUGUUCAUCUUUUGUAAUAUAUGUGAGGUGCAUUACAUUAGGACUAGUGUGAUUUUGUUAAUUAUUUGAAUGAUGAGAUUUCUUUAGUUGUCAUGAAUUUGUAUAUAUUUGAAAUAAAAAAAGUUAAUUGACAGUCCA